GUGGUUGCUCCCACCAUCAGCUCCCCCGUCUGCCAGGAACAACUGAUUGAGGCUGGGAAGCUGGUGGCCAAGUCCGUGGAAGGCUGCGUGGAUGCUUCCCAGGCAGCCACCUCCGACGAGCAGUUGCUGAAGCAGGUGGGGGUGGCCGCCACGGCGGUCACCCAGGCGCUCAACGACCUGCUGGAGCACAUCAAGCAGCACGCCACGGGGGGGCAGCCCGUCGGGCGCUACGACCAGGCCACCGACACCAUCCUCAACGUCACCGAGAACAUCUUCAGCUCCAUGGGCGACGCUGGCGAAAUGGUGCGUCAGGCUCGCAUCCUGGCCCAGGCGACGUCUGACCUGGUGAACGCCAUCAAGGCGGACGCGGAGGGGGAAACCGACCUGGAAAACUCGCGGAAAUUGCUGAGUGCUGCCAAGAUCCUGGCAGAUGCCACAGCCAAGAUGGUGGAAGCGGCAAAGGGGGCUGCGGCCCACCCGGACAGCGAGGAGCAGCAGCAGCGGCUGCGGGAGGCGGCUGAGGGGCUCCGCAUGGCUACCAAUGCCGCAGCCCAGAACGCCAUCAAGAAGAAGCUGGUGCAUCGGCUGGAGCAUGCAGCCAAGCAAGCCGCUGCCGCUGCCACCCAGAUGAUUGCGGCUGCCCAGCACAGUGCCGGAGGGAGCAAGAACCCUUCCGCCCAGCAGCAGCUCGUGCAGAGCUGCAAGUUUCCUCCCAGCACCAAGAACUUCCAGGAGGCCCAAGGCCAACUCAACCAGGCUGCAGCUGGCUUGAACCAGUCGGUCAAUGAGUUGGUGCAGGCGUCGCGUGGGACCCCCCAGAACCUGGCCAAGGCGUCCGGCAAGUUUGGCCAGGACUUCAAUGAAUUCCUGCAGGCUGGGGUGGAGAUGGCCGGCCAGUCCCAGUCCAAGGAGGCCCAGGGCCAGCUGGUGUCCAACCUGAAGGGCAUCUCGCUCUCCUCCAGCAAGUUGCUCCUGGCAGCCAAAGCUCUCUCCGCAGAUCCUGCAGGGCCCAACCUGAAGAACCAGCUGGCAGCAGCUGCCCGCGCUGUGACGGACAGCAUCAACCAGCUGAUCACCAUGUGCACCCAGCAGGCCCCGGGCCAGAAGGAGUGUGACAAUGCUCUGCGGGAGCUGGAGACGGUGCGGGAACUUCUGGAGAACCCCACCCAAGCCGUCAGCGACAUGUCGUACUUCAACUGCCUGGACAGCGUCAUGGAGAACUCCAAGGUGCUGGGCGAGGCCAUGGCGGGCAUCUCACAGAAUGCCAAGAACAGCAAGAUGCCAGAGUUUGGGGAGUCCGUCAGCACCGCCUCCAAGGCCCUCUGUGGCUUCACGGAAGCAGCGGCCCAGGCAGCGUAUUUGGUGGGCGUUUCUGACCCCAACAGCCAGGCCGGUCAGCAAGGCCUGGUGGACCCCACCCAGUUUGCCAGAGCCAACCAAGCCAUCCAGAUGGCCUGCCAGAACCUCAUUGACCCAGCCUGCACACAGUCACAGGUCUUGUCGGCUGCUACCAUCGUGGCCAAGCACACCUCCGCCCUUUGCAAUACCUGCCGACUGGCCUCCUCCCGCACCGCCAAUCCAGUGGCCAAGCGCCAGUUUGUCCAGUCUGCCAAGGAGGUCGCCAACAGCACAGCCAACCUGGUCAAGACCAUCAAGGCUUUGGAUGGCGCUUUCACUCCGGAGAACCGCGAGCGCUGCCGCGAUGCCACGGCCCCACUGAUUGAAGCGGUGGAGAACCUGACGGCCUUCGCCUCUAAUCCCGAGUUUGCCACCAUCCCUGCCCAGAUCAGCCCAGAGGGGCGCAGGGCCAUGGAGCCCAUCCUCUCCUCUGCCAAGACCAUGUUGGAAAGCUCGGCUGGCCUCAUCCAGACCGCCCGCUCUCUGGCAGUCAACCCGAAGGACCCUCCCAAGUGGUCGGUGCUGGCAGGCCAUUCGCGCACCGUCUCCGAUUCGAUCAAGAAGCUGAUCACCAACAUGAGGGACAAGGCUCCAGGCCAGCGGGAGUGCGACGAGGCCAUUGAAACGCUGAACAGGUGUGUCCGUGACGUGGACCAGGCCUCCUUGGCAGCCAUCAGCCAGCAGCUGGCGCCUCGCGAAGGCAUCUCCCAGGAGGCCCUGCACAACCAGAUGCUUGCAGCUGUUCAGGAGAUCAGCAAUCUCAUCGACCCCGUGGCAGGCGCUGCUCGUGCGGAGGCCUCCCAGCUGGGCCACAAGGUCUCCCAGCUGGCCCAGUACUUUGAACCCCUGGUCAUGGCUGCGGUGGGUGCAGCCUCCAAGAUGCUGAACCACCAGCAGCAAAUGAACCUUCUGGACCAGACCAAGACCCUGGCGGAGUCCGGCCUGCAGAUGCUCUACACAGCCAAGGAGGCCGGGGGAAACCCCAAGGCGGCCCACACGCAGGAGGCCCUGGAGGAGGCGGCGCAGAUGAUGAGGGAGGCGGUGGAAGACCUCACGGCCACCCUGAACGAAGCCGCCAGCGCUGCGGGAGUGGUAGGCGGCAUGGUGGAUUCUAUCCGGCAGGCCAUCAACCAGCUGGACGAGGGCCCGAUGGGGGAGCCCGAAGGCACCUUUGUGGACUACCAGACCACCAUGGUGAAGACGGCCAAGGCCAUCGCGGUGACGGUGCAGGAGAUGGUGACCAAAUCCACCACCAACCCAGAUGAACUUGGCAUCCUGGCCAACCAGCUGACCACGGACUACGGGCACCUCGCCCUGCAGGCCAAGCCCGCUGCCCUCACAGCCGAGAAUGAAGAGAUUGGCGCCCACAUUAAGAACCGCGUGCAGGAGCUGGGCCACGGCUGUGCCGCUCUGGUGACCAAUGCCGGGGCCCUCCAGUGCAGCCCCAGCGAUGCCUACACCAAGAAGGAGCUGAUUGAAUGCGCCCGCAAGGUUUCGGAGAAGGUUUCCCACGUGCUGGCGGCCCUCCAAGCCGGCAACCGGGGCACCCAGGCGUGCAUCACCGCAGCCAGUGCCGUUUCGGGCAUCAUCGCAGAUCUGGACACCACCAUCAUGUUUGCCACCGCUGGGACCCUCAACCGGGAGAACGCGGAGACCUUCGCUGACCACAGGGAAGGCAUCCUGAAGACAGCCAAAGCGCUGGUGGAAGAUACCAAAGUGCUGGUGCAGAAUGCCACUGCCAGCCAGGAGAAGUUGGCCCAAGCGGCACAGUCUUCAGUGACGACCAUUACACGCCUGGCAGAGGUGGUGAAGCUGGGCGCUGCCAGUUUGGGCUCUGAGGACCCCGAGACUCAGGUGGUCCUGAUCAACGCGGUCAAGGACGUCGCUAAAGCCCUGGGGGACCUGAUCAGCGCCACCAAAGCCGCUGCUGGCAAGUCUGGGGACGAUCCUGCGGUAUACCAGCUGAAGAACUCCGCGAAGGUGAUGGUCACCAACGUCACGUCGCUCUUGAAGACGGUCAAAGCCGUGGAGGACGAGGCCACCAAGGGGACGCGGGCCCUGGAGGCCACCAUCGAGCACAUUCGGCAGGAGCUGGCGGUGUUCUGCUCCCAGGUGCCCCCUGCCAAGACCUCCACGCCGGAAGACUUCAUUCGCAUGACCAAAGGCAUCACCAUGGCAACAGCCAAGGCGGUGGCAGCCGGCAACUCCUGCCGCCAGGAAGACGUCAUAGCCACAGCCAACCUGAGCCGCCGCGCCAUUGCGGACAUGUUGCGCUCUUGCAAGGAAGCUGCGUGCCACCCAGAGGUGGGCAGUGAAGUGCGGCACCGAGCCCUUCGCUUUGGCAAGGAGUGUGCUAGUGGCUACCUGGAGCUUCUGGAGCACGUCCUGGUGAUCCUGCAGAAGCCCAGCCACGACCUAAAGCAGCAGCUGUCCGGCUAUUCCAAGAGGGUGGCUGGUUCCGUCACGGAGCUCAUCCAGGCGGCCGAAGCCAUGAAAGGGACCGAGUGGGUCGACCCCGAGGACCCCACAGUCAUUGCCGAAAACGAGCUGUUGGGGGCAGCCGCUGCAAUCGAGGCUGCAGCAAAGAAGCUGGAGCAGCUGAAGCCGCGAGCCAAGCCCAAGCAAGCAGACGAGAGCCUCAACUUUGAAGAGCAGAUCUUGGAGGCAGCCAAGUCCAUCGCUGCGGCCACCAGCGCCCUGGUGAAGGCGGCCUCUGCGGCCCAGAGGGAACUGGUGGCCCAAGGCAAGGUGGGCGCCAUCCCAGCCAACGCCCUGGAUGACGGACAGUGGUCUCAAGGCCUCAUUUCAGCGGCCCGGAUGGUGGCCGCUGCCACCAACAACCUCUGUGAAGCCGCCAACGCGGCGGUCCAAGGCCACGCCAGCGAAGAGAAGCUCAUCUCCUCCGCCAAGCAGGUGGCGGCCUCCACGGCACAGCUCCUGGUGGCGUGCAAGGUGAAGGCGGACCAGGACUCAGAGGCCAUGAAGCGCCUGCAGGUGAGGAGGGUAGAGGCGCCUGAGGGAUUGAGGGGGAGUGGGGGGUGGGACGCCUUCCCUGUCGGCCCCAGUGGCCACUGUUGACCUCUCUCUGGUCCAGUUUGGGCCCUGGUGGACUCAAUGAUGAGUCCUUGGGUCAGCUAGGGCUGGGCCUCCGUCCAGCACACUGGCUCCAGGGCCCAGGCAGCUCCGUUGCUGGAGGUGAGGAGACCAGGCCAACUGCCCUUGUCAGCCAAAUCGGCUCCUCCAGCAGCAG